CAUUGUACAGAACACAUGUAAGCUACCAAGUGGACCUGGACCGUACAUAAUCAGGAUAACCUUCCUCCACUCUCCCUGUUUCUUAUCAUCAUCAUCCUUCGAUUAAUCGAAUUUGGAUUCAAUGGCUGUUUCUUCCUUUUCACUUCAGACCAAAGGUUAUACAGUACCAAUGCAAUUAAAUGCGUCUCCAGUCGGAUCACAUUUGUUCUUCCCUAAAAGAUUCAUAUGUCCAACAAAACGGGUCCCACACCAGCGGGUCCGAAGAUAUCAAGCAUUUUGUUCUUUAGAUGUUGCAGUUCCUAACAUUGAUAUCCCUCUAUCAGCUUCAAUCAAUUCCCGAGAACUUAUAAGACACAUAUCAGAUGUCGUCAUACCAGAGAAUACGCAAAGGUUGGUUUUGAUGGAUCUGGACCCGGGCUCAGCUAAGUUGGCGAUAACCAUUUUGGGGCCAUUUUUAUCAGUAUUUUCGUUCCUCUUCAUUAUACGAAUCGUGAUGUCAUGGUAUCCAAAGCUUCCAGUUGGGAAGUUUCCUUAUGUAAUAGCAUACGCCCCUACAGAGCCGAUUUUGACAGUUACACGGAAGGUGAUUCCACCCCUUGGUGGGGUCGAUGUAACACCUGUGGUUUGGUUUGGGUUGAUUAGUUUUCUUAAUGAAAUAUUAGUUGGUCCUCAAGGCUUGCUUGUCCUCUUGUCUCAACAGGUUUAGAUUAUUAUGUAUUGAGUUGUAAAGAAAAUCUACAAUUUUUGAAUAUGACCAAAAUGAUAUGAAUAUAUUCUAUCUUUGUCGUGUGUA